AUGGCAGAGGGCCAGAAUGCAGCCGAGAAGCCGGCGAAGCGAGUCCAGAUGCUACGAUGCCGAGCGAGUACGGCAAUACUCAUCCCGCCCGUCAAUUUUGGAUUGGUCGAAGAGGGUCUCUAUCGCUCUGGGCAGCCGACCGAGCUCAACUUUCCGUUCCUCGAACGAUUGAACCUCAAGACGCUUUGCUGGCUUGCACCGGAAGAGCCAUCGCAGCGAUUUCUUGACUUUAUCGACGAUCAAGGUAUCAAACUCCAUCAUCUCGGCGCACUUAACGCUGCCAAUGCGUGGGAUCCCAUCACGGAGGAAACGGUGAUCCAAGCAUUGGAAAUCAUCAUCGAUCCGGCUUGUCAUCCCGUCAUGGUUAUGUGCAAUCUCGGGAGACAUAGAACAGGCACGGCGAUUGGCUGCCUGCGCAAGUUGCAACGAUGGAACCUCGCAAGUAUCUUUGAAGAGUAUAGACGCUUCGCGGGACCGAAAGUGCGGGUCCUCAAUGAGCAAUUCAUCGAGCUUUGGGACUGCGAUCUUGUCUCUAUACCGCCGCCUGCUGCGCCAAUACCGCCGCCACGGCCCGAGCCGCUCAUGGAGGUCUAG